AUGACACUGAAUCUAGUAAGUGUGUAUGCGCCGCAGUCAGGCUGUGAGGAGAGCGUGAAAGAAAAGUUUUGGGAGGACUUUGAUUGCCUGCUGAUGAAUAUACAGGAUAGCGAGGAAGUCUACGUGGGUGGUGAUUUUAAUGGCCAUGUAGGAAGAGAGAAUGAUGGAUAUGAGAGAGUGCAUGGUGGGUGGGGAUUGGGAAACCGGAACGCUGACGGUGAGACACUUUUACAAGCUGCCUGUGCCUUCGACCUGGCUAUAACAAACACGUGGUUUAAGAAAAAAGAGGAACACCUAAUAACCUACAAGAGUGGCCACCACGCGACACAGAUAGACUACUUCUUAGUGAGGCGGAGGAGUCUAUGCUGUGUCAAAAACUGUAAAGUGCUGCCAGGCGAAGCAUUAGUCGCCCAACAUAGGCUUGUGGUGAUGGAUGUUAAAUUAAGUGUCUCCCCCAGAAACAGCCAAUUACGGCCCCCUCCAAAGACAAGAUGGCGUAUGUUAGAGAAUGAUGAAUGUGCUAGUAGAUUUAGGAACCAUAUAGUGGAGAAAAUUAUAGAAAUGAAUGAGAUGGAAGAGAAAUUGGUAGAUGAUUGUUGGAAUGAGAUGGCCAGGCACAUAAGGAAGGUCGCAAAGGAUGUGUUUGGAGAGUCGAAAGGAAAAGGUCUGAUAGAUAGGGAUACAUGGUGGUGGAAUUUGGAAGUGCAAAAUGUACUGAGAGAGAAGAAAGUGGCAUUUAAAGAAUGGCAAGUUGUAAAAAUGUGA